AUAAUUUCUCUCCCGUUGCAUUGUAUACGUGGCAACCUUCAAGAACUCUCUUUCAUGUACCAGCCUUAGCUCAACUUGAUUCCUUCAAAGUUCGAGUUUGACAGAACCCACUCAACCCAGAAAUGAAAUUGUAGAACCUCUUUCACAGAAAACAUGAGAGGGUUAGGACCUCAUGCCCCUUUGGUUUCAAGGGGAAAGCCUCCUCCUUCCUUGGUAGUGGUGGAUGCGUUGCCUUCCUCUUCUCAUUUCACUAGAACCACCACGCUAUACCCAUUAAGACGCAGACAGAAAUCAGGGCUGAGCUUUGCCCGUGGCACAAUUCGAGCCCUAGCAUCCAAUAUUAGUGGUGUUGAACCAGGAGAUUAUGGAAGCAGUAAUGAGAAAGAUGGUCACAAUGUCUUUGAAAAGAAUGCCAUAGACGACAGUUCUUCUAAAGUUGUGAAGCCUCCUAAUCAAAUCCCUUAUCUUCUCUCUAUAGCUUUUGUGCUGUUGGGGUGUGCUUUUGUCUUUUCACUAAUUGCCUUUGUCAAAGGAGGACCUUCAUCAGUUUUAGCAGCAGUUGCAAAAUCAGGAUUCACUGCUGCAUUUACAUUGAUAUUUGUUUCUGAGAUUGGAGACAAGACAUUCUUUAUUGCUGCACUCUUGGCAAUGCAAUUUGAAAAGGGAUUGGUCCUAUUGGGUUCAAUGGGUGCUCUUGGACUCAUGUCAAUCCUAUCUGUUGUAAUUGGCCGAAUCUUUCAAUCAGUGCCUGCUCAGUUUCAGACAACCGUGCCAAUUGGAGAAUAUGCAGCAGUAACCCUUCUUUUGUUUUUCGGCCUAAAAGCAAUAAAAGAUGCAUGGGAUCUUCCAUCUGAUGUGGUUAAGAAAGGUGAUAGCAGCAGUCCCGAACUUGAUGAACUUGCUGAAGCAGAGGAGCUUGUGAAAGAGAAGGUAUCAAAAAAACUUUCAAAUCCUCUAGAGAUUAUAUGGAAGUCGUUCAGCCUCGUAUUUUUUGCUGAAUGGGGAGAUCGCUCUAUGCUUGCAACUAUUGCACUAGGAGCUGCUCAGUCUCCUUGGGGUGUGGCAAGUGGAGCCAUUGCUGGACACCUAGUCGCAACAACUAUUGCCAUUCUUGGAGGAGCCUUCCUUGCUAACUACAUUUCUGAAAAACUGGUUGGCUACGUGGGUGGAGGGCUGUUUCUAAUUUUUGCUGUGGCCACCUUUUUUGGGGUUUUCUGAUUCAUUGCUUUUCGGUGUGUAAUCUAUCAUUCAUGGAGUUGGAAGGAAUAAGACAUACUCAUAACACAGAAAGAUUGCUGAGAGAACUGAGAAAAGCUCAUAUUUUAACUUUGUUAAAUUUCUUUAGCAGACAUUAGGAGCAAAUUGCUGACAUUGGUAGAGAAUAAGAAGCAUGAAAUGUGCCAUUAGAGUGAGGUACGAAGAGAAACUUGUGCAAUUCUUUCUGGAGACUACCUUUUGUGGGGUUGUGCUUAUUUGUUGUAUUAAUAAAAAUAGUAGGAGUGUGCUGAUUUGUUGUAUUAAUAAAACUACAUCACAUUUACUUUUAUUUUUUUGAAUUACAUCCACCAAGGAAAGCAUAUUGGUGGUCGAAAGAGGAGUAAGAUAUUAAUAUUUAAGUUUA